AUGGCCAAAAUGUUCAGACACAGGCGCUCCAUGGGCAAGCUCACCGAGCACCCGUCGAUGUACUCAUCACUCCUCGAUCCGAGCUCUGAGCACAGCUCUGAUGGUGCUGCUUCACCCAGCUCACCCAACUCCUCAAACCGACCGCUUCGGGGAAGAGCCAAAUCCUCGCUUUUGGAUUAUCAGUCACGAAAUUGGAUCUCAGCUGUUGAACACCAAGGAGAAAAACCCCCACCCCGGAAACUUGUUAAAGACAUGAACGGAUCUGGACGCCCCUCCUUCUCUCAGUCGCUUUCAGACAGCGAUGGUGAGAAGGAGAAGGGGCUCAUGAGACGCCAAAUCGCCAGGCUCAAAAGCUUUUACAAGAGAGAGAAAUGA